UAUAAUAUUGAAAAUUGAAUCGGAAAUUAAAAAUCAUCAAAUUGAAAAAUUUUUUUUUUUUUUUUUUGUUUCGAAAAUGUUGACAUUAAUUAUAACGCUAUUUGCCAUCCAGUUGAUCAUAUUGAUCCUAUAUCUUGGUCUAGCAUCGGUUGGACAUAGAUUUUUUAUCCAUCAAAUCUAUGUUAGUAAUCUAUUGAAAUUAUUUGAAUAUGGACAACGUGGUGUUGAACGUAUUAAUCAAGAGCUACAACAAAAACGACGAAAUCGUCAUAAUCAACAACAACAACAACAGCAGCAGCAGCAAAAUGGUGGCCAUUUUAAACGAACUGAAUCACAAGAAUCGAAUGAUCGUAUUUCAUCACAUUCAUCAUCAAUGGAUUCUGAUUAUAAUACGGAUAGUGCUUUUGAUUCUGAUUCAGAUGUUGAUAGUGAUGAUGAAGUGCCGGAAAGUUUUCGAAAAAAUUGUUCAAUGACAUUAAGAUUAUGUGAAACACAAAAUCGUUUACAAUUAUCCACAGUAAUGGAUUUUACAUCGCUUGGUAUAGAGGCAAUCAUUGAUGAUGCCGUUACAAAACGUUUUGCUGCUGAAGAAUUAAAAACAUGGAAUCUAUUGACAAGAACCGAUAAUUUUUCACAUUAUCGAUCAUUUCGUCUUGCAUUCAUAUGGCUUUGUGGUUUUCUAUUCCGUUAUCUAAUACUAUUUCCAACACGUCUAUUUAUAUUUAUCAUUGGUAUUGGAUGGUUAUCGUUUGUUUGUACAUUUCUUGGUUUCUUACCGGAAACCCGAUUCCGUAAAGCUAUACAAUAUUAUCUAUUGAUACAUGUUUCACGUAUAUUAUCACGUUCAUUUGGCAGUAUUAUCAAUUAUCAUGAUGAAGAAAAUAAAGCACAACCUGGUGGCAUUUGUGUGGCUAAUCAUACAUCACCUAUUGAUGUUAUUAUUUUACAUUGUGAUAAUUGUUAUUCACUUAUUGGACAAUCACAUAGUGGAUUUCUUGGCAUAUUACAGCGUACAAUUUCACGUUCAUCCGAUCAUAUUUGGUUCGAUCGUUUUCAAAUGAAUGAUCGUUUGGCUGUAUCACGUAGAUUACGUCAACAUACAGAGGAGAAAAAGAUGCCGAUAUUAAUUUUUCCUGAAGGAACCUGUAUAAAUAAUUCAGCCGUUAUGAUGUUUAAAAAAGGUAGUUUUGAAAUCGGCGCUACCAUCUAUCCGGUUGCCAUAAAAUAUGAUGCACGUUUUGGUGAUCCAUUCUGGAAUUCAAGUAAAUAUGGCUAUCUACGUUAUUGGAUGAUGAUGAUGACAUCAUGGGCAAUUGUAUGUGAUGUUUGGUAUUUACCACCAAUGACACGUAAAUUGGAUGAAUCAGCCAUUGAAUUUGCUAAUCGUGUCAAAUCAAAAAUAGCAUCAAAAGGUGGCCUAGUUGAUAUGGAAUGGGAUGGACAAUUAAAACGACAGCCAGUGAAACCAGAAUGGAUUAAACAACAACAAUGGAAAUUUAGUCAAACAUUAUUAUCCGGUUUGGAUAAUGAUGAUAAUAAUUAUCUACAAGAUGGUAAUAAUAAUCAACAACAAAAUAGCCGUAAUGAUAAUUGUGAUAGAAAUGAAAAUUUCAUCUAUACAAAUUUCGAUGUUCAAUUAACAACCAAAGUAAAUGCUCUAUAUGAUCAACAACAACAACAACAACAAGAUGAAGAUGAAGAAUCUGAGCUAUUAAAAAUGAAAGAAUUGUGAUAAAA